AUUGACGUUUUUUUGUGUGACGUGUGUAUUGUAAACAUUGAAAAAAUAUUGAAACGCGAUAAUAUUUCCUGCUAAUAUUCAUUAAUCGUGAAAUCACAAUGGAUAAACCGCUGUACGAUAAUUCUACUAUGUUAAAAGCUGUAAUACUUAUAGGGGGACCGCAAAAAGGUACCCGCUUCCGGCCGCUGUCUCUCGACACUCCAAAGCCCCUAUUCCCAAUAGCCGGAGUACCAUUGAUUCAGCACCACAUCGCAGCCUGUGUAAAGCUUCCUCAAGUCCGGGAGAUCCUCAUCAUUGGCUCUUACACGGCUGCAACCAUGGCUCAGUUUGUGGGAGACAUGCAUAGAGAAUAUUCUGUUGCGAUUAGAUACCUGCAAGAAUUUACUCCCCUAGGCACUGGUGGAGGGCUAUAUCACUUCCGUGACCAGAUCCGAGCGGGGAACCCGGCAGCCUUCUUUCUACUCAAUGGGGAUGUGUGCGCAGACUUCCCGCUUAAACAGCUCUGGGAGUUCCAUAUGGAGAGGCCUAACUCACUGGUUACAAUCAUGGGCACAGAAGCGACCCGUCAGCAAUCCAUCCACUAUGGCUGCAUGGUACGCGAGUCCAGUACAAAAGCAGUAUCGCAUUAUGUAGAGAAGCCUACCUCGUACGUUUCGGCACUUAUCAAUUGUGGCGUUUACGUUUGCGCGCCGAGGGUGUUUCAGACUAUGGCGAAGGCUUUGGAAAGGAAAGAGGCAGACUACUAUAGUGGCAACAAUCAGAGCACCCCAAACCCUGGCUACAUGUCAUGGGAACAGGACGUGCUGGCACCGCUGGCUGGCACCAACACGCUUUAUGCCAUGCAGAUAACAAACUGGUGGUCGCAAGUGAAAACACCCGGUUCCGCCAUAUACGCCAACCGUCACUAUCUGGAACUCCACAGAACGCAGAGUGACACACACAACAACAACAUACUGCCGGAUGUGUUUGUGCAUCCCACCGCGUGCGUUGACGACUCUGCUGUGAUCGGGCCAAAUGUAUCCAUCGGAGCCGGGUGUACCAUAAAAGCGGGCGUAAGGAUCAAGGAGUCAAUUAUACUGAACAACGCGACCAUCAGCGAACAUUCGCUCGUCAUGUACUCUGUCGUGGGUCAAAACGCAAGUGUCGGCGAGUGGUCUCGAAUAGAAGGGACCCCUUCGGAUCCGGAUCCCAACAAGCCGUUCGCCAAGAUGGAGAACCAGGCCCUUUUCAACGCGGACGGACGGCUCAACCCCUCCAUUACUAUCUUAGGUGCCAGCGUGGUGGUGCCAGCGGAGACGAUCCUCUUGAACACGAUAGUGCUGCCCCACAAGCAUCUAACCCGGAGCUUCAAGCACGAAAUCAUCCUGUAAACACGCCGCCCAUCUGUUAGUACAAUCAAAGAGAAUAGAUAGUAUAGAGGGCUAAUCAGUGGCGUAGCUAGCAUGGGUGGCACCCGGUGCGGAAAUUGUGGGUGUCACCCUAAAAUUCAAUCAAAAUUGUAAAAUAUAUUUAAAAAGAGUAAUUGUAAUGUUUGUUAAAUAGCUCAGGAUUUACUCCAUCGCUUUCAUUUUACGAAUAUUUAUAGUAGGUAGCACUACUGGAUGUGAUGUUCACGGUCGGGUGUCACCCCUAAAUGGGUGACACCCGGGGCGGACCGCCCCCGCCGCCCCCCCUAGCUACGCCACUGGGGCUAUUGCCAAAGUAAAUUUUGUAAUCACGGUACAUUUACUGCCAUCUAUCGCCACACGAUUAAAACUUAAAAUAAAAUUGAAAAUGUAUAAAUUAAUCAAAAUAUGUUUACGGAUAAAUUAUAUUUAAUUUUUAUUGUUCCAUACUGA